CCGGAAGCGGCGAGCGGCGCGGAGGCCGCACCGGCGGCACCGGGGACCGGGAGAAUCCGCAGCGAUGUCGGAACGGAAAGUGUUGAACAAAUAUUACCCCCCGGACUUUGAUCCGGCCAAGAUCCCGAAACUCAAGCUCCCAAAGGACCGGCAGUACGUGGUGAGGCUCAUGGCCCCCUUCAACAUGAGGUGCAAGACGUGUGGGGAGUACAUCUACAAGGGCAAGAAGUUCAAUGCGCGCAAGGAGACGGUGCAGAACGAGUCCUACCUGGGGCUGCCCAUCUUCCGCUUCUACAUCAAGUGCACGCGCUGCCUGGCCGAGAUCACCUUCAAGACAGACCCUGAGAACACAGAUUACACCAUGGAACACGGAGCCACCAGGAACUUCCAGGCAGAGAAGCUCCUGGAGGAGGAGGAGAAGAGGAUGCAGAAGGAGAGGGAAGAGGAAGAGCUCAACAACCCCAUGAAGGUCCUGGAGAACCGAACCAAGGACUCCAAGCUGGAGAUGGAGGUCCUGGAGAACCUGCAGGAGCUGAAGGAGCUCAACCAGCGCCAGGCCAACGUGGAUUUCGAGGCCAUGCUGAAGCAGUACAAGGAGCUGGAGGAGGAGCAGAGGCGCAAGGAGCAGGAGGAGGACGAACAGGAGAUGAAGGCCAUGCUGGAGCAGGCCCAGAACCGGCGGCUCCUGGAGGAUUCCGACUCCGACGAGGAACCGACAAAAAUCCGCCCCAACCCCACGGCCCUGACAAAACCCACAGACAUCCUGCAGGAGGAGCCCCAGCCCCAGAGCAAGAGGCCGAGGACGGAGAGCUGGGAGCGCAGCGUGGGCAAGCUCAGCACCAGGGCCCAGCUGGCCGGGCUGGUGGCCCCCAGGAAGCAGAAAGCAGAUCCUGCCCUGGAGAACGGCAGGGAGAGCCAAGGCAGCACAGCCAGCACUGGCUCCCUUCCAGCACCAGCAGCACCAGCAGCAGCAGCCACGUCCUCACUGGGUUUGUUGGGAGCCUACUCAGACAGCGAGGACAGCACCAGUGACUGAGGGACAGGGACAGGGCAGGGACAGGGACAGGGACAGGGCAGGGACAGGGA